AUGCAAAAGCAAGAGCCUUCGCCAACGACGGCUCCAACAAACAACCACACCGGAAAGACUUAUUCCAGCUCGAUCGAUGAUUAUCAUGUUUUGGAAUUAAUUGGUGAAGGAUCAUUUGGAAAAGUCUUUAAGGGAAGAAGAAAAUAUACAAGUCAAAUUGUCGCUAUGAAAUUUAUCCCAAAGAAGGGAAAAAACGAGAAGGAGUUAUACAACCUCAGACAAGAAAUUAACAUUUUAAAGAAGCUUAACCAUGAAAAUAUAAUUUUAUUAUUGGAUUCGUUUGAAACUAAAGAGGAAUUUUGCGUAGUGAUGGAAUUUGCUCAAGGAGAGUUAUUUGAAAUUCUUGAGGAUGAUGAACGUCUUCCGGAAGAUGUUGUUGGCAAGAUUGCUAAACAACUCGUAAGAGCUUUACACUAUCUUCACUCUAACAGAAUUAUCCACAGAGAUAUGAAACCACAAAAUAUUUUGAUAGGAUCAGAUGGUGCCAUUAAAUUGUGUGAUUUUGGUUUUGCCAGAGUCAUGUCUUGCAAUACCAUGGUUCUUACUUCUAUCAAGGGUACACCUUUGUAUAUGGCUCCAGAAUUGGUCCAAGAACAACCAUACAACCACACAGCCGAUCUGUGGUCACUUGGUGUUAUUCUGUACGAGUUGGUUGUUGGUAAACCUCCAUUCUUUACUAACAACUUCUUUUCUCUUAUUCAAUUCAUUGUGAAGGAUCCUGUAAAAUAUCCACCUUAUAUCAGUCCUCCAAUGAAGAGUUUCCUUAGAGGAUUAUUGAAUAAGGCACCAAAACAAAGAUUGGACUGGCCAAAAUUGCUUGAACAUCCAUUCGUUAGGGAAACAAAAGAAGAAAAGGAACAAAGAGAAAAACUGUUAUUGGAUAAUAUUGGUAGAAAGAGACUUGAAAUGUUCGAGAAAAUUGUUGCCCUUAAUCAAAAGCAAGAUUCAAAUACAAAGAAACCAAAGCAACCAUCCAAGACUCCUAGCCAAACAAGAGUGAAGAAAAAGGUUGAACCAAAGAGAGAUAUACCUUUGUCUGAGAUUGAAACAGCAAUUGCAAAGGAUGAAAAUGGACCAAAGUCAGUAAUGAAGAAUGUGGAAUAUUUGGAUAAAUUGGCUAAUCUUAUUAAGGUUACUCAAACAGCUUACAAAACAAAAUCAACAAAGACUGUCCAAACAUCUCUUAAAAUAUUAUCAAAAGCAUUGGAAAAGUGUGAGGAAGAGGAUUCUGAUAACUUGGUGGAUGCUGGAAUUGUCAGUAGCUUAUUGUUAAUGCACCCAACUGAUGGAGAUGUUUUCCAAUUCCCUUGUGUCUUCCAAUCAGAAAGUUCCUCAUCUACAGAAAAUAUUGACUGCAACCAAGAUAUCAACAUAAGAACAGCUAUUGCUAAGGCUCUAGCCAAGCAAAAUAUAGUGAGCAGUCUGAGUGAUCUUGUAAAUUCACCUGAUUACAACAGUAGAAUUGGAAUUUUGAAGGUACUAUUCCAGUCUUGUAGAUUUUUGCCAGAGUUUGCUAGACAAGUAGCUCUCGAUUCUCCUCUUGUUUCUUCAAUAAUGUCCUUAGUCAAGGAUUCAACAGAUAUGAAGGUAAUUUACGAAACUGAGCUCUCUUGUCUCUUGCUGGCAACUAUCUUCAAAGAAACACCAAAAAUAAUUCCUCAAUUUGGUCGAGAUAUUGACACAGUCAUUAAUACCAGUGUAUCUAUCAUCAAUACUGCUCUAGAUGAAAGAUAUAAAUGCUUUGCAAUUCUCCUUUUGGCCAGACUUUCUUCCAAUCCAGACUCUAAGAAGAGAGUUAUUAGCGAAUUAAUGACGCCUGUGGGAAUGUCGAAAUUGAACGAUGUUCUGACUAAGGAUGUAAUGGAAGGUUCUGGAUUUGGUUUCCCUGAUAUUGGUUUACUGGAUGGUGUUGUGUACUUGUUUAAUCAAGUGUCUGACAUUUGGGCUUCAUCAUUCAAUAAUUUGCUUUCCAAGACUGGUGUUUGGAGAUCUCUGACUGAAAGAUUGAAAUCAAGCGAUAUUGAAAUGUCUCCAGAUGCUGCCUUGGCAAGUAUUAAAUUAAUGUAUGAUAUUGCCUCGGCUAAUCCUGACACCAUUCCAACCCUUGUGGGUGAUAUGAGUAUUGUUAGAACUGUUAUUCAAUGUUUGAAAAAGAAUAUUGUGACUGCAUUUUCACACUGGCCUGCUUCAAGAAGUGGUGGUUCAUCCUUUGUAAACAUCUUUAUCAACUCCUCAGUGAGCCUUCUUCACUUGUUAUAUAAUCAAGCCACUCUUCAAGAAAAGGAAAAUGAAAAAUUGUUAGCUGAACUAAUUAAGGUAACACACAAGGAAGAAUUAGUCAAGUAUUGUAUUGGAAAUUUGGAAUUUACUACAAUGGAAAACUUUGGCUCAUCCCUUAACUUCCUAGCUAGUAUGGUUAUUACAUCACCUUUUUUCACCAAACAAUUCAUCAAGUUUGGUGGUCUUCAACCAGAGUUUUUACAACAAAUACUUAACACUUCGAAUCCAUCAACAGUUCUUAUGGAUGGACUUUCCAUUCUCAGUCAAAUUGCUAGAACCAGCAAGGAUUAUUACAAGCAAAUUCAUCAAGCCAAUAUCUACACAAACAUCAAAGAUCUUCUUAAGCAUAAGGAGAAUGAUGUCAGAGCGAAGGUUUGCAAUUUGAUAGGUAAUAUGUGCCGUCACUCUGCGUUCUUCUAUGAAGCUUUGAAUCAAUAUGGACUUAUUCCAGAUCUGAUUCAAAGAUGCAGAGAUAAUGAUGCAAACACAAGAAAGUUUGCCUGCUUUGCUAUUGGUAAUGCUUGUUUCCACAAUAAUAACUUGUACAAAACCCUCACUCCUUCCAUUCCUCCACUAAUUGAUUUACUGUCUGAGAAUUCAGAUGAAAAAACAAGAGCAAACGCUGCUGGUGCUCUGGGUAAUCUGGUAAGAAAUUCAAACGAGCUUGUAAAAGACUUGUUGAAGAAUGGAGCCAUAGAAGCCCUUGUUAAAACAUUAAGCGAUGAUAAUUCGAGUGCCAAGAAGAUUGCUCUAUUUUCUCUUGGCAACUUUUGUCAAUAUGAAGAGUGUUGUAUUGUAUUGAAACAGCUUAACUUUGAAAAGACCAUUACAGAAAUCAUGGCUAAGAGCCAAGAAGAUACUGGUGUUCAAAAAUAUUGUGCCAGAAUCCAAACUAAUCUCUCCAAAAUAACUAUUUAA